AUGACAAGUGCAAAAAGUAAAUUUGAAUUCGCAAGAAAUAGAUCUACUAAUAGUAUUAAAGAAAACUUAUUAUGUUCUUCUUACAUAUUAAAGAAUUCAGAUGGUAUCUUAAAAACUAGUAGCCCUUUGGGAUAUAGUCAAAUAAAGCAGUAUGAUGAAAAGGAGGAAAUAAAUGAUUAUGUACAUAAAGAAAAAUUUGCAAACAACAUAUUUGAUUUCAUAAAUAGUAAUGAGGAAUUACAUAAUAAUACAAAGUUAAACAACAAUUCGUUAAUCUGUAAUGAGUUACAAAAGGAAUUUUCAAAUGGAAUAUUUUAUGAUAAAAUCGUUAGUACAAAUAAGAUUUAUAACACUGCUGUUGGUAGUCUUCAAAGCAAUUUUCAAAUGAGUAAAUUGUCCAAUGCUGUCAAAUCAAUUAAGUUUGAAGAAAAUACAAAUGUUAAAAUACCAUCCUAUUUGAAGACUUCUCCUCAUUAUGUGUUAUAUCCCGAGCUGCUUUAUUUGCAAGAAAGAGAAGCGGAUAAUGCGCAAAGGGGAUAUCAAAAAGAGGAACACAGCGCAUCCGAAGGAUUGAAGAGGGAUAAAGAGGAAGGAGAAGGAAAGGUAGAGCAAAAAGGGGUAGAAAAUGUAGAGCUGUAUGGAGCCGAAAAGGCAGAGCGAACGGAUGUACCCUUGAGCACUAUCAAGAGUAAGCUGCUCGUCGAGAUUAAGGAUACAAAGUGCCUGCACAGUUACCUAAAAAACGUUUCACAUAACAAUUCAACAAUCAGAAAUAAAAUGUACGAGUACUUUGAACCAGAAAGGAAAAACAUGAUUGAAGUGUUAAACCCAAAUACCAUAAAUCAUAGUCAGCUGUACGAAAAAUUAUAUGAUCCAAGUAACAUAAUCUUAAGAUGCUACAAGAAUAGAUAUGUUUCUAAUAACUCAGAUCACGAGAACAACGAAUUACAUACACUUAAUAUUUUAAAAAAACAGAAAAUGCCAAUUAUUGAAAAAAAUGAGAAAGGAGAAAAUAUUAUCAUACAAAAUAAUCUAAAAAAAAAAAAAAUAAAUCUACUUGAAAAAGAUAUAGAUGGUUUGACUUGUGAAACAACGAAGGAAACAAAUGUCAAGAAAAAAGAAGAAAAUUUUCAUAUCUCUCUUAUAGACACCUCCAAUAGAGUAGUUACCUUAAAAACAUUUGAUAUUAAAAACAAUAAAGAUCUUAACAAGGGUAAAAGCAUUUUUCAAACAAAAAAAAAAUUUUUUAAAGAUGUACAAGUACAAACGAACGAUGAUGAAUGUAUGAAGAGAGAAGCAUCGCAUACCAUUGAUUCGGACCUUGAGGAUGUUAUUCAUAUAUUAAAUAAAAAGAAAUCCGACACAGUUAGCGAACCUUCCUUGGGCAAGGUUCAUAAGUGCAAAAAUGAGGAGAAAGGAGGGGGGCACAAUCAAAUUACUGCAGCUUUGCUAAGGCAGGAACAAAAAGACAAUGAAGAAAAAUUAAAAUUUAAAAUUUCGUAUAACCUGGAAAAGCGUUCAGACGGAUGUGACUAUACCACCGAGGGUAGCAGCAGCUGGCGGGGUAGCGACAGCCGGGUGAGUAGCGACAGCCGGGUGAGUAGCGACAGCCGGGUGAGUAGCGACAGCCGGGUGAGUAGCGACAGCCGGGUGAGUAGCGACAGCCGGGUGAGUAGCGACAGCCGGGUGAGUGGAGGUGGAAACCGUCCAGGUGAAGCAUAUCCCGAACUUGGUGAACGGAACGAAGAAAAGGAGCAGAAACGUGAGGAGAAAGAGAAGAAUAGUGUUAAUAAAAGAGUUCCAGGAGGGAAAAAAUUUGAUUUUGCUCAGAAUAUUAUAAACUAUAAUAAGAGUAUUCAAGUGAAAGAAUCUCAGAAUCUGUUAAACAAAAUGAAUAACCAUCAUUCCCCCUUUUUUUUUAAAUUUCCUUUAAAAUAUUAUAAAUACAAUUUUUCUAAUCGAUCGAAAAUAGAGAAGCAGAUGAGUGGCUGUGCACCAAUUGGGGGAAUGCCAAACGGGGGAGUGUCCAUUGUGAAGGUACCCAUUCAACAGUACUCAGUUAAAGGUGGACAAAAUAAUAAAUUUAUCCCCUUCAAAAAGGACAUACAUGUAUUAAACAAUGAUAAUGCAGGAGAUUCAAUUAAAUGUAAUACCCCUUUUAUAAUAUAUGGAGAUAAGAAAAUAAACAAUCCUCUACGUACUGCUGGUAUUCUUUCAACUGCUACUGGUGAGAAAGUUUGCCCCCAGUACAAAGUAAUAGGAAAAGGUACGGAUGAUAUCGAUUUAAAAAUAUGCAGAAGACACAGAGAUAGGCAAAUAAAUAGGGAUAAUUACAUACGUAGACAUAUACAUGGACAAAUGAGCGAAGGGUAUGAAGAGCAGAACUUUUUAAGAAGCGAAACAGAUCCAAGCGAAGAGAGUUACGCUGAUAAGGAAUAUGAGAAAUCGAAAAUUAUAAAUAAAUUUUUAUUAAAAAAAUUAUAUAUAGAGAAAAAAAAAGAGUUAUAUGAAAAAUUGAAAUUUAAAAAUACAUUUACAAGCUUAUUACGGAAUAGAAGCAUACUAAAGGAUAGCGGUCUAUAUCAUGCCAAUAAUUUGCGAAGUAUGUAUUAUGGCAAUUAUACGAGUAGCGAAGAGGAACUUGACACCGCACGUAUAAGGAGAUACUUGUACAGUGAUAGUUGGGGUGGAAAUAUAUGCGCUAGUUCCAAUCAUCAUGGCGAUUAUAACGAUUUUUUAUUGAAUAAUGGGAAUGGAAAGAAGGAUAAGGCAAAUAAUAGUAGUAAUAUUUAUGCAUAUCACCCCAACCGUGUCAAAAUGUUCUCUUCUGAUUUACAGGCAUGGGACGAAAAAAGCAAUAUUUGUUUAUUUAAAAAAAGAAAUUAUAGUGAACAAGGAGGAAAGGAAAAAAUGUAUACGAAUCAAAAAAAUAAUAACUCAGAUAGUAAGAAGGAUCUAAAUGUUCAUAACAGUAAGGAUAUUUUUUUAAAAAAAAAAUAUUUAUCAUUAGACAAGGAAAAAAAGAAAGUGUAUUAUUAUAACAGCGUUCUUAACCCAAAUAAUGUUGAAAACGAUAUUGCCAGUUUUUCCCAGGAACCAAUGAAAGAAGCAGUUCAUAGGAGCUGUAUAAAUGGUAAUAAGAAGGAAAAACAAAGACAUCGAUCCUUAUCCUAUAAAAAUAGAGCAGCAAAAUUGGACAUACUGAAAAAAAGCAUUGAAUCGUUUAAGAAGUAUACUAAGGGGGAUGGUACCAAAAAUAAGAGGAAAAAAGAACAAGGCGAUGGAGUUACUAAUAAUAUUGAUAGCGGUGAGGAAGAUGGGGGAAAAAAUGGUCAUACAGAUAAAUCCAGGUACGAUGAGAGCGACUACUCUAGUGAUAACGAACAGAAUGACAUUAGUGAAAAAAUGGGAUGUAAUAAAAAUAUUUACAAACAACACAGUUAUGAUGAAGAGAAAGAUCAGAGGGGAAAAAAUGAUAUCUUCAAAAUUACCUAUAAUAUUGAGAAAACUUUGUUAAAAGAAAAUUCUAGUGUAAAAAAAAAAAAUUAUACAAAUGAAUGGGAUAAAUUGAAGAGUACCAACAGUUAUAUUUAUGACAAUAAUGCAAGUAAUAACAACGACUGCAGUGUUAGUGAUGUAAUAAAUAAAAGAGAAAUUUUGAAUUUAGGGAAUUCUCUGAAUGAUCCAUUAGUUAUAGAAGCAGAUGCAGAUGCAGAUGCCAUAGACAAUAAGAGUGAAGUCCAUGUUUUAAGUACGAUGGCAAAAAUCCAUCAUCGCGCAUUGGAAGAGACAGAUAAAAAGAUAACAAAGAAUUACGUAACAGUGGGAAAUCAAAUUUUAAACAAUGAUAAGUAUACAAAGAUGAACGAGACAGAUCACUAUAUUAACCACCCUCUUAGAAUUAAAGUAUCAAUAAAGAAGCGAAAUGACGAAGAAAAAGCGAACAUCAACAAUAAUAAGGAUGAUACUGGGGAGGAUAAUAAAACUAACUGUUUUGAUAUUAAUAGCAUACUUAAUAAUCAACAAGAGAGCCCACAGAAAAAUGAAAGACGCUCAUUUACAGGUAUGAGUAGUUAUGGAAGCAAAUACGUAAAUUCAUCAUAUGAGGAACAAGGAAGCAUGAGCGACACGGAGAUCGUCAAUAGGAAGAAUACUCAAGUUCUGAUGAUCGAAAGUGCCGAAAAAAGUAACUGCAACGAUGAUAGAAGUGAUUAUACUGAUAACAGUGAAAGCAAUGAUAACACAGCGUCUAAUGCUAGGAAUUUCCUCAAGAAAAACGACGGGUUUGGGGGCGGAAAUUACUUAAAAUUAAAACAAGCGAAUGUGAACGUUAUGAAAAGUUGUACAGGUUUGAAGUUAUAA